ACUUAACAACGAGAGAUCCAAGCGAGCACAGCCCACGUUUGGGGUUCCCACUAAAUAUUCACGCCUGCAAUAGUAAAUCAACCAUAUCAACAUGUUUAAAAACACAUUUCAGAGCGGUUUUUUAUCGAUAUUAUACAGCAUUGGCAGCAAGCCCCUGCAGUUAUGGACGAAGAAGGUCCAAAACGGUCACAUUAAACGCAUCACAGAUAACGACAUUCAGUCACUAGUUAUUGAAAUUGUAGGAACAAAUGUCAGCACGACGUUUAUCACAUGUCCAGAAGAACCCAAAAAGGUUCUGGGCAUUAAGCUCCCCUUCUUGGUCAUGAUCAUCAAAAAUCUCAAGAAAUACUUCACAUUUGAGGUCCAAGUUCUGGACGACAAAAAUGUAAAGAGGCGGUUCCGAGCCAGCAACUACCAAAGUACGACGAGGGUAAAACCUUUUAUUUGCACAAUGCCGAUGAGGCUAGAUGAUGGAUGGAAUCAAAUUCAGUUUAACUUGUCAGACUUCACAAGACGCGCUUAUGGUACAAACUACAUUGAGACACUAAGAGUACAGAUCCACGCCAACUGUAGGAUCCGCCGUGUUUACUUCUCGGACAGAUUGUACUCAGAAGAUGAACUGCCAGCAGAAUUUAAGCUGUACUUGCCUGUAAACAACAAGGGUAAAUAGCUGCAAAUGAACUAACCAUUGUCUCAAUCUACCCUCCAUAUUGUCUGACGAGCCUCAGUCUCCAGUUUGAACACCGGUGCUCUUCAGAUGAUCCUACUUUGUCAACUGGAAUUUGAAAAACUCAAGGCAAUUUUUUUAAACUAAUGUUAUCCGAAUUACAUGAGAAACUUCACUCGACAGCUGGAAACAGAGCUUUAAAAUGACGUCUUGUGGUUGAUGACUGUCGGGAUAUAGGCUUCUCUGAUUAGUGCCUAAACUACACAGCGGCCACAACCUCUGUUGCCCUGGUGUUAAGCCUUGGUGCCCCAUCAAAAGUGUCCAAGAAACUGCAAGGGUCAUCUUUGCAAGUGUUGAAACCUCACUGCUCUGUUCAUUGGUUGUUUACGGGCUUCUUAGACCAACAGGACAUAAUUUCAUGGCUCUGCUUACUGCAGAAUUCUGCGCUUGCACUCACCAAUCAUUUUAUGCUGAGCAAGCGCUGAAGAAGUCGUGCAAGCUGUGCAAGCAAGAGGACUGCCUAACGGGAAGUAGGCACAAGUAGGUGUGAUGUUAGUGCUGAUUCUUUGCUGAUAGUCAAGAAGAGCCAUGAAAUUUGCCUUAAUGUUUGUUUUUACUCAUCUGAAACUUAAAAAGAACAAAACCAGGUAUUGUGUUUACUAACUACGAAGUCCAAAAAAAUCUAAAAAAUAGUUUUGUAGUACAGCUCACAUAAACAUGGAUGUGUGUAGGACUAUCCUUUUGGGGAUUUAAGUGGACAAUUUUUUAAGCGAUUGUUUCUCCCUCCCUUUUUAUAAUUACAGCCAUGCCACUUUUUAUUACUCUGCUGUAAAACCAAUCAAAAUUUAUGUAGCUAUUGUAAUUUUUGUAUUUAAUUUUAUUUAAUAUUCCGAGAAAUUGUUGUUCAUGUUCAUUUCCUGAUUGCAUUUCAAUUUUUCCUAGACAUGGAUGUGUGUAAAAUUGGAGACAAUCAGCUUCAGUAAAGUUGUUCAUUCAGAUACUGUUCAAUUUGCAUAAAAUUUCAUACCAUGUUUUGUUUCGUUCCAAGUUGAUCAACGGGAAACUGUUUAGUGUUUUGAAAUGAGUUGAUGUUUUGUAAAAGCAGUCGCUGUUCAUGCACUGGGCUAUUAUUAUGACUGUAAAUAUUAAUUACAAACUGUAUUUUAUUCAGCAAGUGACUGUAAUAAAGACUAGAUUACCUUAUACAAAAAAGAGAUUUGUC